UUAAUGUUUAAUGCCCCCACCUCACCCUGGCCACCCCACAGCCGGGCACUCUCCCUGAAGCGGAGGCAGUGGGAAGAGGGCAGCGGGGACGAGGCCAGUCUGCUGGGGACAUGGCAGGGUUGUCAACAGAUGACGGUGGCAGCUCCAGUGGGGACGUGGACCCAUUCUACUACGACUAUGAAUCCGUUCGCAACGGGGGCUUGAUCUUCGCUGCCCUGGCCUUCAUCGUGGGGCUCAUCAUCAUCCUCAGCAAACGGUUCCGCUGCGGGGGCAAGAAGAGACACCGGCCAGUCAAUGAAGAUGAGCUGUAAUGAGAGAGUCAGCUGUGCCCCCCUUCACACUGGGGUCUCUGGGGAAGCCUCCUCUGAGCUGUAGACCUUUGUCCCCCGCGCUGCCAGCCCCUUGGGCUGAAGGAAGCUCCGGUCUCCGUGUGACCCCUGGGUGGGCACCUCCCACCCCGUGCUAAUAAUAAAGCCCAGCCUCAGAGAUGGCUCCUUC